AUGGCUCUAUUCGCGGAACAUCUAUGUCUAACAAAUGUAGUCUUCGCAGUUCUGCUUGUGUUUAUGAUUUAUCUGUUGGUCGAGUUUUACCAAUUCAGAGGAAUGCCCCCAGGUCCACGAUUAACAAACCUUCCUUUCAUCGGAAACCUUUUCAGCUUUGAUUUUGAUGCGACAACCUUCCAAGAUGCCGUCGUCAGGUAAACACUGUUUUUCUGCUGCCCAAUAGCAAUUAAGGCCCUCAGCAUAUGUUUGCAGUAUUAACGUCUUAUCGUAUUUGUUUUUGUUUUGUUUUUGAGAAUAACCUGAACCAAGCGCAAAUGAACUUAAGGCAAAAAGAAUUUUCUCUCAAAAUGCCGUUGACUUGCUUUCCAUCUAUAUACAUUCUAAUGGCAUGCACAAAUUAGCUCACGCCGUGACAAUUAUGCAGCGCCACGAUAAUAUCUGGUAUGUUGUUAAAGGUUAUGCGGUAGAGAGACAAGAGAAUUUGGAGUAAUAUUUUAUUUACUGUACCAUAACUCUAUACUUUUAUCCAUUUUCCUUACAACGUGAAAGCUUCAAUAAACAAGUCACGCCUGACCGAGAGAGGGGUUGAAAUUAGAGCUAUUUCGUUUUAAAAAUUCCAUCCUUAGACUAAGAAUAAAUUAAUUAGGUUUCAAUACUCAUAACGAUAGGCCUAAAAAGUUAUCAUUCAAGGAUAAAUGUUGUUCAUAUUGUGAUAGCUUGCGAAAGAAAUAUGGAAGACUGUUCUCCCUAAAGCUCGGAAGCUACAAGUUUGUUAUCGCCGGUUCAACAGAAGCUGUCCGGGAGGUGCUGGUGACAAAGUCUUCCGAAUACGGUGGAAGACCUAAGACCUACAGUUUGAGAACUUUAAGCCUUGGUAAGUAUUCUGAGGGAUUCUUUAAGGGAGACACAUCUGUCAGAAUCGUUUCAUUAACCUGAGGGGCCAAAAUCAUUUCAUUCUUUGGGUUUGGGUCAAUAGGCGAAUAAAAUGAAUAACAAUAUACAAGACAGCUUUCACGCACUUUUAUCCUUUUUGAGUUUUAUCAAGGAUCAAGUUCAAUUAAAACGUGACACCUCGGUCCAGUUUUCCUUUGCCCUGACUGUCCUCAAGCAUAUAUAACUUGCUGCUUUAUUGCAACCUGUUUUUGUUUGGAGAAUGUGUCUAGUGUGUCUGUUCGCUUGUUUUUUGUGUCCGUGUGACCGUAUUUUAUCAUCGUUAUUAUUAUUAUUAUUAUUAUUAUUAUUAUUGUAUCAGUUGUCUGUUUUAUCUUAUCUAUGUUCAUUACUAAUAGUUCGCACAUGACUGACGUAAUUUUAGUACUAGUUAGGGAGCAAGCUCGAAGUCAUUAGCCCCAUGGUUGUUAUGAUAGGAGCUGAGUACCUGUAAAUUGAGGCGCGACUGGAAUGAAGUGGGGCGCACACCCACAGGGGAGCUACUAUACCUGAUCUUAUGUAACCGUUUGCACGAUUUUAGUCGUUUGAAAUAAAUAAGUUAUUUUGAAACUGAAAACGCAAAACGAAACAAUGGUUUCCACAUAAGCUUUCUCGCUAGGAAAAAAAAAUGACAAGCUCAUAUAUAGAUAUUGCAGAUAUUAUCUGGCGAAAUAAACAAAUCUCGCAUCUUGCUUUCGUUCGUUAGGCUUCAAGAACAUAGCUUUCAGUGACGGCUUGUCGUGGAAAAUUCAUCGGCGUAUCCUUAUCUCCGCCCUAAGACAGCACAUUUCCAACACAGCCUUCAUUGAAGAGAAAGUGACUUACACGGCUUCGAAACUUUUGCGAUUUCUUGAGGAACAGCAACAGAAGGACUUUGAUCCCGCUGAUUUUCUAAACCAGUGUAUUGUCGAGGUCCUGGGGCGAAUAAUAUUUGGAAAUGAUUGGGACCUCAGCGAUCCUCAAAUUAAUGACUUAAUCCAUAGAAACGAACUCGGUCUCAAAAGCUAUAAAGACUUCCAAGCCAUGAUGUUUCUGGACUUUUUUCCCCUAAGCCAAUUAUUUCCUUUCAGUUCGCGGAAAAAAAUAUUCGGCAUAUUUCUUUCCACUCUGGAGAUCAUCCGCCUGAAGUUAAGAGAACGAAUGAUAACUUUCGAUCCCCAGGUACCCAGUUCCAAUUUGAUGGAUGCGUUACUGCAUGCCCAGAAGGAGGCUAUGGAAGAGACCGAGACCAAUGAAAUCAAGGCUUCCCUUUUCUCUGAAGAUCAUCUUAUUAACACUAUACAGGACAUGCUAACAGCUGGUUACGAGACUACUGCGCAUGCACUGACAUUUGCGUUAGGCUAUUUGGUUCAGUACCCUGAUUACCAAUAUGGUAUUCAGAAGCAACUGGAUGACGUCGUUGGUCGACGUCGCAUGCCACAAUUGGAGGAUCGCCCCAGACUGCCUCUUAUCCAUGCUACCAUAAUGGAAAGCUUAAGACUGGGUAACGUAGUACCCCAAGCUUUACCACACCGAGCUGUACAAGACACCUUCCUGUGUGGUUAUAGGGUGCCUAAGGAUACUAUCGUAUAUCCAGACACGGAAGCAAUACAUCUUGAUCCUGCUUUUUGGAAGGAGCCGAGGCUCUUCAACCCUUAUCGCCACCUCGAUAAAGAUGGCAAUUUGAUAACAAAUCAGGGAAAUUUUUAUCCGUUUGGAGCAGGACGCCGUGUGUGUCCAGGCGAGACUCUUGCUAAAUUGGAAAUGUUUGUUCUCUUGUCUUGGAUGCUUCACAAGUUUACGUUUCUUCCUGAGGAAGGCAAGGGCCCACCUACAAUAACGCAUCGAAGAGCAAUCACACAGUAUCCAGCUCCUUUUAAGAUCAGGGCUAUGAAGAGAAACUGA